AUGUACUCCACGCCGACAUGCUACCUGCAGACGAUGCACCAGGAGAAUUUUGUCAAUGAAGAAGGCUUCAAACAUCAAAUGUACGCCAUGUACUCCACGCCGACAUGCUACCUGCAGACGACGCACCAGGAGAAUUUUGUCAAUGAAGAAGGCUUCAAACAUCAAAUGUACGCCAUGUACUCCACGCCGACAUGCUACCUGCAGACGAUGCACCAGGAGAAUUUUGUCAAUGAAGAAGGCUUCAAACAUCAAAUGUACGCCAUGUACUCCACGCCGACAUGCUACCUGCAGACGACGCACCAGGAGAAUUUUGUCAAUGAAGAAGGCUUCAAACAUCAAAUGUACGCCAUGUACUCCACGCCGACAUGCUACCUGCAGACGACGCACCAGGAGAAUUUAGUCAAUGAAGAAGGCUUCAAACAUCAAAUGUACGCCAUGUACUCCACGCCGACAUGCUACCUGCAGACGACGCACCAGGAGAAUUUUGUCAAUGAAGAAGGCUUCAAACAUCAAAUGUACGCCAUGUACUCCACGCCGACAUGCUACCUGCAGACGACGCACCAGGAGAAUUUUGUCAAUGAAGAAGGCUUCAAACAUCAAAUGUACGCCAUGUACUCCACGCCGACAUGCUACCUGCAGACGACGCACCAGGAGAAUUUAGUCAAUGAAGAAGGCUUCAAACAUCAAAUGUACUCCACGCCGACAUGCUACCUGCAGACGACGCACCAGGAGAAUUUAGUCAAUGAAGAAGGCUUCAAACAUCAAAUGUACGCCAUGUACUCCACGCCGACAUGCUACCUGCAGACGACGCACCAGGAGAAUUUUGUCAAUGAAGAAGGCUUCAAACAUCAAAUGUACGCCAUGUACUCCACGCCGACAUGCUACCUGCAGACGACGCACCAGGAGAAGUAA